AUGCCCACCGAAGAAGAAAACAUUCAGUACCUUUACCUCGUGCUCACUCACAACGGUACGCCUACCAUCAAUUGGCCUCCCAUAUCCACCGCGCUCUCCCUCUCCCCCGGUGCGACUUCAAAGCGCUGGUCUCGACUCAAGAAGGCAGUGGAGGAGGGAAAGCCAGCAGGCAAGGGUAGCUAUGAGUUGCUGUGGUUGUGUGUGAAGCAUUCGUCGCGCGACAAGGCGCUCGAUUGGAAGACCAUUGCUGCUCAAUGCGGUACCACGAGUGGUGCGGCAAGCAAGCGGUACAGCCGUAUGAAGCAAGCUUGGGAGAAAGAGGGUUCCUCCGACUCGCCUCCUGCUACGCCCAAGAAAGCCGCUACGAAGACGGACAAGGCUGCCACACCGAAGCGCAAGCGUGCCUCCGCCACUAAACCGAAGAUGAAUGGAGGUGACAAGUUCCAGUUCGAGCCAGCAUCUGAUGCAGAGGACGAGAUCGAGAGUCCGAAGAAGCGCGCCCGCAAGCCCAAGAACUCCAACAUCAAGAUCAAAUCUGAGCCUGAGGGCCUUCCAACGCCUGAAGACUCCUCGGAGUACACUGCGUUUCAAGGUUUCACCUCUCAGGGUAACGACUACGCAUUCCAGGGUUUUGGAGAUGAGGGUGGAGAAGAUGAGAAGGAGGAUGAGACGUUCUACGAGAGCAACGAGUAUGCGGAGGCUGGGGUGAAUGAGAGUGAGUACUUUUGA